AUGAUGGUUCAGUAAUAAAAUGUAAUCAAUGUGAAAACAAGGAAAAUUUAUGGGUAUGUCUUGUUUGUUCAUUUAUUGGAUGUGGAAGAUACUUCGCGGGGCAUGCUGUCAGCCAUUAUCAAUAAACUCAUCAUGGAUUUUCUUUGGAACUUUCAUCCUAGAGAAUUUGGAAUUACAAAGAGUUCUCAGAAUGGUAACCAAGUUGAUGACAGAAUGCUCCUUGAAAAAAUAGACAAUACAGUAAGGGAAUACAAUUAUUUGCUGACAUCUCAAUUGGAAGAAUAACGACAAUAUUUUGAGGAGAAAAUUGAAAUGAGAGUGAAACAACUGAGACAAAAUAAAGAUAUUGCUGAGCUUGACUAUUGCAUAAAUGAGCUUACUUCUUAAUAUAAACUAAAAUAGCAGAUUCAAAAUGAGAUCAAUAAGGAGAUACAAACAUAAAAGAAAAAGAAUUAGCAAUUAAAAGGCAGAGCUGAUCAAACAAAGAAGGACUUAGAAUUAGCAAAGGAAAUAAACUAGUGCCUUAAAGUACACAUGAACACCUCAAAUAAUACAUAGGAUUUAUCAAAAGAGGAUGAGGAAAAGAUAAAAUUUAAAAGUUCUGAAAUUGAAAAAUUAAAACUAAUGAUUUAGCAAAAAAAAGAAAGUCUAGAUUUUAUUAAGGAGGAUAUAAAUAAAAUGAUGGCAGAUUUGUGA